UGAGGCUGGUUGUUGGGAAAAAUGAGGAUAUAAGGAUAUUGAUAUAGUAUCGUCCUAUUCCUCAUCCACACUUCAAUCACCAUUUCUUCUUCCCAACCUACCUCAGUCAACAGCUCAAUCUUCAAUCAUGUCUUUAUCCAAGAUUUUCAUAGCCCUCACAGGUAUCAUUGCUAUAGCUUCAAGUAACCCUCUUGUUCCCAGAGCAUCAACCGCUUGCUCAACAUCAAGCGGCCCCGGUUUCUGCCAGAGCACUUCUACUUCCUGCACCGGCGGAAAAUACAUAGCUGGUGCAUGCCCAGGCGCCGCAAACAAUCAAUGCUGCGUGGCAACAUGUUCUAGCGGGCAAGGAACAUGCCAAGCAACAUCGGUAGCAUGCAGCGGAGGUACCUUCAAGAGUGGUCUCUGUCCCGGAGCUAGCGAUAUCCAAGUACGAAUCCCCCUUCUCCAUUCUCCCACCAAACCACCUACUAAAAACCCACAGUGCUGCAUCAAAAGUAGCGGAAGCACAAGUACCGGCUCUCCAGGUUUCGAUAUCUCGCAACCCGGCAGCGCAGCAUUCUUCCAAUGCGCCAAGAAAACCAAAAAUAUAGUCGCCAUCCGCGGAUACGAACAAGCAUGCGGAAGCGGCGGCCAAGUCGACAGCAAUUUUGUGACGUCGUACAAAAACGCCAAAGCGGCAGGAUUCACCCGCAUAGACUCGUAUCUAUUUCCCUGCACGGGAACACCUACAGGAACCGAACCAAAAUGCAAGAGCAUCGCAACGCAAAUAUCUGAAUACCUCCAAGUAAUCUCAGACAACGAUAUGGAUAUCACGAUGCUCUGGCUCGACAUCGAGCCCACAUCCGUAUCCAAUUCCGCGUGUAACGCGUGGAAUCUCGGCGCGGCAGCUAAUGAGCAAUUAGCCAAACAAUGGGUUGCGGCAAUGAAAGCCACGGGGUUGAAGUGGGGAAUCUAUGCUAAUGGGAAUCAGUGGAGUGGGAUGUUUGCGAGUAGGAGUACGGAUGUUGGGAGUGAGUUGCCGUUGUGGGCUGUGCAGGAUGAUUUUGAGGCGGGUGUGGGUACCGUGGAUACUUUUAUGGGGGGUUGGAUUAAGGCUGCUGCUAAGCAGUAUUAUCUUGGUGUGUAUAUCUUUUGAUUCUUGUGUGUCUCUUGUCUUUAUUUGAGAUGGAUCGUGCAGGAAAUUGUGCUAAUACCUAUGUUAUAUAGAUACCACGCUCUGUGGCCUAGGUGUGGAUUUGGACUCGUUUUCGUGAAUGUUCAAGAGGGUCUGGCAGUCAGGCUUGAGGACUGCUAGGUCAAUGGUACUCAGGUAGUGAGCGGUGUCCGAGUGAUCUUCUUGGGUGAGCUCUUUGUAUUCUCAGAUCAGCUU